AUGAUGGCGCGAGCAUACACGUCCCAAGUCAGCCGCAAGGUUACGCCACUCACUAGGAGGUCGCGUCGUACGCAGCCUAUGUCCCCCGCGCAGAUAAGCAUGUACUCCAGACGCCACCUGCCGGAUUAUACCAAUGAUAGAUGCGAUGCUUGCGGGGAGCUUGCGACGUUGACGAUCGACAAGAUGAACCAUUGGAAGCAGCACCUACCCGCAGGUUCUCCCGGGUGGAAGAUGUUCAGAUGGGGUUACGAAUGUUUCCUUUGCCCAGAGACGCAUCGAACGAAGGACGGGCUGAUCUCCCACUUGGCAUGUCACCAGUACGUCCCGUUUACGCUCUUCCGUUCCCUUUCCACCGCAUCUGCCUUACACAUCGCUGCCUCUCCGUACCACCUGCAACUUUUCCUCGCCUUUCAGUUCAAGGCCUUCCCAGAAACGACUGACUCAACCAACAGUUUCCCUUCCUUGAGAUACCCGUGCCCGGAAUGCCCGAAGACGUUCAGCAACAGGGGCAAUCUCUCAGUGCACCGUACCAAGAAGCACGGCUACGUUUCAAACGCGCACAAGGAAGCCCAGGCCGUCGAUUCAGACGUGUUCCAGCAGUGCGAAGCGGACGAGCGAUCGAGGCAAGAGGGCGCUGUCCCAACGUCGGCGGCCUCAGUGUUUGGCGACAUGGCCGGCCUCUCACGGGUGCCAGUCGCUCCUCGUGUUGACGCCCUCCCCCCUACGCAUUGUCUUUCCGCCACCGACCGGCAUUCUCUCGAGGGAGCGCAAUACGCGACGAACGAAGCUUUCCUUCCGGGUCCUGUCGACGAAACAACGCCAGGCCUCGAACACGAUCUCGGACACGCGUCCAGCUCGACGACUCCGCUUAUGACGCCUCCUCCGCCGUAUCAUGUCGAAUCAUUCGAUGCCACUUGCGAUGCUCGCUUUGGUGAAUUCUCUAUCCACGGCUUCGGACUGCCGGUGCUGGGCGGCUUCAACCAGAGCUACAACCCGUUCAUUGCUGGCGUCAACGUCGGCAACUUCUCACACGACGGCUCGAUGAACUUCACCGCGUCUGCUCAUUUCGCUCAGCCUUCGAACGGGAUGUCGCCUGCUUUCCCUCACGCUACGGUCUCGUCACCUCCCCCGAUGCCUCCUCAGGGAGUCUAUACAUCCCAUCUUCAACCGCCACGAGCAAGGAGUACGACGCGAUCUCGCACUUCGCAAUCUCGUCGCUCGCGUCAAGAUGGAUCGGUCGAGUUCGCUGACUUCGGCCUUUCGAACUCGAACAUACUGACGGCGAGUUGUGCCUUUGCAAGCCCUAUGGACUCCUCCGCGCUUUAUGCCCCUCCAGCCCCGUCGACAAGUCUUGCAAAUGCCCCGCGCUCGAUGGUAUACCCGCCGGUCCCGCCGCCACAUCUUUAUGCGAAGUCGACAAUGCACCCUGAGGUCUUACCGGCAGCGAGCGCUUCCCAAAAUGAGGACUUCCAGCAACAGCAAUGGGCGUCGAGAACGACCGAGCGACCAGAGUUCUCGCAGCAGCAGAGCUUCGCGCCACAGUGGACUGACUCGACCUUCGUGCAACAGCAGGAGCAGGCUUACGUCGCUCCCCACGCACUGGACUUUACGGCCGCCGACGCGAUGGAUGUGGCCGCCUCCUACGCGAUGGACUUCAGCGACGUCUACAGCUCGUGGCCAGACUUUGGCGACGCGAUCAUGCCUUGA